AUGAAUGCCAGUUAUGCUGUUCCAGAUACCAGAUUUGAGCAGACUUUCAGGAGAGCUUUGGCGAGAGAGGCGGAGAGGGAGAGGGCUUCGCAAUGGAAGAAAAUGGGUAUAGUAGAUCCUGUGGUGAUCAGCCAGCUUCAGAAAGUGCAGCCACCUAAGAUAAGCAAACUUGUGGUGUGCAAAGUGGUGGUCCGUGAUGUAAUACUGAUGCCGCUCGUUCAGGGUUUGCUUUGGACGAGCAUUUUGAUCUUCAUGAAACCUUGGUUGCGGCAGGUGGUGUACCAGGGCCGCAGGCUGGGCAGUUCGAUAUAUAAGCUGGUUUUGGGUACCGAUCUUGUAAAAGCCAAGAAACGUAUAUGA